CGCGACCUCCCCCCACGACCGCGACCCGCCCCGGUUUGAAAACCGCUUUGCUCCUUCCGCUCCACCUCCACCCUCGGCCGGCCCGUUCCCAGGAAUCCGAGGACACGACCCGGCUUUCCACAUUCGUUCGCAUCUUCCGCUCUGCCGGCCGGUCGGCGCGGCUACCGAUGGCUGUGGCUGCGGCCGCCGAGGGGACGACCAGGCGGAGGAUCCUCGACUACCUCAACGACGGCGAGGAGUUCGGGGUCGAGGGGCCCUCGUCGUCCGCCGCCGCGACGCCCAGGGCGCUGGCCGCGGCCAGGUCGCUGCUGCCCAGGUUCCGCUGGGCGCGGCUCGCCAGGCUCGGCGGCAAGGGCCGCGCCGACGACGGCAAAGCGCGGCCGCCGAAGACGGUCGCCGAGGAGGAGCUCGUCGUCGCGGCGGAGGAGGAGGGCGAGCUCAGCAUCAGGGACGCCUCGGCCGCCUCUGCCUCGUCAGGUACGUCGAUUCCAGCGGCAUGCGCGGCGGCACCCGGUGACAGCGGCGGCGCCGACACGACGAGGCCGUCGGGCCUGGGCGUCGGGCUGAGCCUGGUGUUCCUGCUGGCCAAGACGUCCGACGAGUUCAACAAGAUGGCCAGGGUGCGCGCCGAGAUGGAGGCGCUGAUCAGGGACUUCAAAGGCCAGCAGGCCAUGGCGACGGCCAACACCGGCGGCGACGACGAACCCCGCAACCCCGAGUCCGCCGCGUCGAGCUGCCUGACGGACGGGAACGAGCCGCAGGCCGCGACCGCGCGCUGCGAGGACCAUCGUUGUCGUCAUCACCGGCACCAGGUCGCCUCCUCCUCCGGCGCGGAGAUGGAGGCGGCGAGCCGCAGGAGGAUGGACGUGCUGGAGGAGGAGUUCCACGCCGAGCUCGAGCGCGUUCGCGCCGGCUACGGCGCGGACACGCCGCCGUUUUCGGCGGGAGAGGAGCGCGACGAGGGCGGAGCAGAGCCGUCGGACGACGACGAUGACAUUGCGGAUUGCCGGCAGGGAUUCGAGAGCGACCUCGGCGACGACGACGACGACGACCGUGAUAACCACGAAGACGACGAGGAGGAGGACGACGACGAUGCUGACCGGUACCACGGCGUCUCGGCCAUCGAGCUGGAGAGGAGGCUGCACGAGCUGCUCCACCAGAGGAACCAGGAGCGGAUCGAGGAGCUGGAGGCGGCGCUGCGGCGCGCCGAGAGGCGGCUCUUCGACAAGGAGAUGGAGGCGUCCCUCUGGAAGGACACCGCCAAAAUGGCCUUCCGCCACGACCACGACGACUCGCCGUGACUCGCCAUGAGGAAUUUCGUGCAGUACUUUUUGUCGCCAUUGAUCAUCGAUCGGCCGUGCAUUACAUGAUUACGGAUGAAGCCAUGAAUGAAGGUGAAAUUUUGGACUUUUAAUGCAUGAAGAAGCAGGCAAUCGAUCAGUGGUGGACUGUAGGAUGCGCCUUGUGUACAAUAUGUUACCACUGUUAGCGACUUAUAGCUGGAGCUGUUCAUACCGCCAGGGUUUAGAGUCUUAGCACUGUGGUAGGUUACAUGGGCAUGGCUGGGAAUAGGAUGGAACAGGAUAUAUAGGAUAUGCUCAGCUAGCAGCCUCACUGAUUCGGAUUCAUGUAAUUCGAGUACAGUAUUGGGAGUUCAUGCGUAUCACUCGUGUGCAGUUUCAGAAUCAGGACAGCAGUUUUACAGCCUGCUCUCAGUAAGAAAUUGUAGAUCGUUUUACAGAUAUAUAAUCAUUGAAAAGGAUUUUUUUUGCAGCGAUUUA